AUGCUACCUAGCCAGCAGCAGGAGCACUUGUUGUGCGACGACAACCCCACCAGGCCCUUCGAGUCAGUGUCGGCCGACUUCUUCACCGCGGCUGGGAAACACUUCCUAGUCGUCGUCGACCGCCUCUCUGGCUGGCCUGUGGUGGUCACCUGCGGCUCCGACACGACGUCUGCCGCCACCAUCCGCUACUUCCGGCGCCUCUUCCGUGAUCUGGGUGUCCCUGUGCGUCUGCGGACUGAUGGAGGCCCUCAGUUCACCAGCCGGGAGCUCGCGGAAUUUUUGGAGCGAUGGGGGGUCCGCCACAACGUGUCAUCGCCCAACUACCCACAGUCGAACGGACACGCCGAAGCGGCAGUGAAAGCAGUUAAACACCUCAUCCUGAAGGUGGCCCCGUCCGGUAACAUCGACUGUGAGGCGUUCGACAAAGGCCUUCUGGAGCUGCCCUUCGCGAAGGAGUGGCAGGCCAGAGCCGAGAGCUGUGACCGCCGCGCCGCUACCCGUGCCCGAGAUGCCAAGGCCCGGUAUGACGCCCAUGCCCGCCCGCUUCAGCCGUUGAAGACAGGUGCUCUCGUGCGCAUCCAGGACCCAACCACGCAGCGUUGGGACAAGGUGGGCACGGUAAUGGGCGCCGGCCGGUCUAGGGCCUAUCACGUCCGGAUGCCGAGCGGCCGCAUCUUGUGGAGGAACCGCCGUUUCCUUCGGCCGGUUCCGCCCCCUGCAGUCGACACCCCGGUCGUGGACGAGUCUCCUCCACGCCCGGACUCACCUCACCUCGCUGUGCCCCGUCGCUCGGAGCGGCUCAGAGCCAAGGCACCCGCUCAAGACUAG